AUGGACGAAUCCACUUUACACGACUUGGAUGCGGAACUACGAGCCAUUCGACUAGACGAUGGUCCGCGGCUACAGCCUCUCCGACUGGACAAGAUGUUCCUCCGUGCCAGACAAUGGCACGCUGCCAAUCCUAGAUCAUACGCUUCGGAACCUCUCUAUAGACCUCCCACUCCACCAAAGUCAGCUCCAAUCUAUCCCUUGCCUAAGCCUCUAUUGUCGCAAUCCAUGCCCGAAGGAAAGGGUAAAGAGAGGGAGGGGAAGGAAGAGGAUGUAUCACCUUUAUCGGCAUUAUUCGAUCAUCCAGAAUUGAUACCACUAGUCCUGGACAGUUUCGAUCAGCCUCGUGAUUUGGCUAGGAUAUCGAGAGUGAGCAAGGAAUGGAAUAGGAUAGCACGGAAGAAGCUGUACAAGCAUAUAUGGGUUAGACCAUGGGAAGAUGGUUGUCAUUUCAAGCUUGUACUGCUAUUUGAUACACUGCAUAAACAUCCAGAGUUAUGUAGAAUGGUGAAACGCUUAGACGUUCGGUUUUUCCCACUUGCCGCGAGGGGCGAAGAAAGAUCGGAAAUGGAUGAUCAAGUACAGAAAGCGAUGGGAGAGAUGGACAAUCUAGAGUCGCUGGUCUGGACUCGAGACAGAUCCCUUAAUCCGUCAUUGUUUGAACGUAUAGCCGAUCUCUCACAUCUACGAUCUUUGGAGGUCUCAGGUCAUUCAUAUAGGUAUUACGAUCCUUCUUUACUGGGUACGAUGCCUGCACUGGAAGACCUAAGAAUCAUGAUGCCGGAUCCAAACCUCAAAUCGAAACUGGUUGAUGUUAUCAAAGCGCUUUCCGCUAGACCUAUAGGAGGUUUAAGGGGUUUAGGAAUAAUAUGUCAGAGCUCAAGCUUGGUCGACGAUGCUAUACUGAAAACCAUCGCUUCAGAUCUUAAUAAGCUGAAGAGAUUGACUCUUUGGGGAUGUACAAGAGUGACCACAGAUGGGGUCUUCAGUGUACUCCAGGCGGCAGGUGACGAAGUGGAAGAGUUGUCAUUGGAUGCAUUAACUCACUCUGGUUUGAUGGAUCUAUCAAAUUCACCCAGCUUACCAAGACUGAGAACACUCUCAUUAUCUAUAACCGUCCCUCAUCGAGAUCAUAAAGAAAUGAACCAUACCAUUUCUUUCUUUGAAUUACCUAUGCUUCCUUCUUACCCUUCUCUAGAAUCAUUACAUUUCACUCUUUCCGCCUCACAGCUAUUCUUACCUCUAGCAGCAUAUCAACAAUUUCACGGACAGAUCCAGCAUCCCGAAAAAAUACGUAAAUUAUCAUUAAUCAAUUUAGUCAUUGCCACCGAUACACUUGAAUUCAUCUUGGAAGAGUACGAAUCACUAGAGGAAUUGUACAUCUCGGUUAAUUCGAAGACUACCAUCCUUGAUUCGCAGGGAUUGAUAGAGAAUGGUCAGAAAUUGAAGAUUCUUCAUGUGAAUGGUCCGGAGAGAUGGGGACCUAAUUCGGACGAUCUGAAGGUAAUUUCAGGGAGGUUGAAAGGUCUUCAGCAGGUAGGAUCGGGAAAUAGAGUAUACGAAGUGCAUAGGACAUUAACAGAGGAUAUAGAUGGGAAUGGUAAUUUUGUUGAAGAUACUCAAUUGUGUAGAUGGUCGAAGAGCUGGAUACCGGGGUAUUUCCAAGUAUGGAGAGCAUAG